AUGGCGCAGCGAGAGCAGUGGCAAGUACCGCCCAUCACAACUACAUUUCCAAUCAACGAUGAUCCAUCAUCUGUUGGGGAGUCCGUGGCGGCAAGCUCGGGACAGCCGCAUGUCACCAGCGAUCCGAGCGUGUAUAGAAACCAAACCAAUGGCCAACAAACCACUCCAGGCUCCGUGACCACGGCUAUGACUCCCGCAGCCGAAAAAGGUCACGAAGAAGAAGAAGGAGAAGAAGAAGAGGAAGAAGAGGAGGAUACCCGCUUUGUGGGCGACCUGAAUCCGGAGGGUAUCUUCUUAGCCGCAGCAAGUCCCGAAGUCACUACUGGUUCUACCGAGCCUGGCAGCGUAGGUAUCUGGUUAUCCCGCAGAGCGAUGAACAGCAUUCAAAGCAACCACCCCAGGCUUCAGCUGAGGCACUCUCAAUCAAGCUCAGUGUAUAGCUCCGAUCCUUUGGUCGCAAAUCUGCUCCUGGCUUAUCUUGAAAAUCAGUGCUUGCGACUUCUACCGAAGCAGGAGGACUUUGAAGGGCUGAGUAGAAUCUAUUUCGAAGAGGUUCAUCCAAUUUUUCCCGUUCUAGACAAGGAGGCUUUCCACGCGAUGAAGGACCAUUUGCCCGCCAAAGUGCUCUUGAAGCAAGCCAUCUGCCUGGCUGCAAGCACUAAUAUCGGCGCAAAGAGGUUUCUGAACUUGUCUAGUAACACAGCACCUUCCCAUAGAGAGUUUGCGGAGCAGAUGUCUCUUGCCAUGCGGACAUCUGUUGACCUUGGCCUGGUGAAGGACAGACUAGUCUACGUUCAGAUUCUCGCUGUCCUCUCGCUCUUCACCCAGCUUUCCGAUGAUUGGCACCAGUCGGCCGAGUUGAGCGCACGAGCGGUUAGCUGCAUACAUACUGCUGGCCUCCAUCUACAGACUCAAGCGAAUCGGAAAGAUCACGAGUACGUGACGCGACUGUUCUGCUCGGUUUGGGCGCUGGACCGGUUGAAUGCUGCAUUUCAUGGACGACCGGUUCAAAUGCACGAACGUGAUUUUGGUCGCGAUUUGGAGACAUGCUUCCAACAGCAGGAAGGCUGCUUUCAGCUUUUCCUGCGUACAGUAUUACUCUUGGACAAAGUGAUCAACCUAUACCGGCCAUCGGUUGACGGCUCUGAACGUGGAUGGGAGGAUGAGUUUCCUGCUUUCGAAGAUCUGCUGCAAAGCGCUGGAGCUCUUCGCGUCAACUCGCAUCUGCUCGCAACAAUCGAAACACUCUACCAUGCCGUGGCCAUUUUGUCUUGCCGGUCACAGUCUUUGCAAGAACCCCCACGGUCCUCCGCAUCGUACGUUCGUCAAAGUCUGUCUGCAGCUAAGGUGACUUCUAUCGUGGGCGAGGAGUUCCACGGUCAACUGUCGCUUCUACCAAUAGUACCGUAUGCAGUGUCACUCUCGCUUCGCGUGGCUUACCGCGACUUGCGGCUAAGCAAAACGCCAAUUUUCCACACAAGAGCACGAAAACUACUGCUGGCCAACUGUUCGGUACUACGAGAGCUCGGCGACAUGUUCUGGUCAGCUGUGGUCAUGGCGGAUCUUGCUGAACAGACGAUUCGCGAGAUGGACAAGGCAUUUUCAUCAAUGGCCAACGCGCAACACCAGGAGGCUAUCGGCGAGCCAGUCACGAACGGCGGUUCACGAAUCUCAGAACAUUCAUCAAGUACUCCACCCAGUAACGGAGACACUAACGCCAUGAACGCCACGUAUACCCCGAAUCUUGAGGAUGCACGAACUUCUUUCGCUUACGACUAUGGUACAUUUGAUCCAUCACUUUUCGACACCAUGCCAGAUCUCAACAUCUUCGACCACUUUGACCCUGACUUCGAUCUUGGGGCGAUUGAUGCGGCGUUGGGGGACAAUAUCAAUCCAUCAUUUCCGAUGAGCCUUGCGACCUUUGCGAGCUGA